UUCCGUAAGACGGUCGUGCAAUUUUGGUCUGCACGCCUCGAGCUCCUUGCUUCAAACCUUUGAGCUGAUGAAUUUUCGUGACAUUUAAAGCAUUGUGGCGUGCCUACCGUGGGUAUACAUGCAAACGUUCUGGUAGAAGUACUAACCUGUGGACGACUCUUUGCAUAUGGUUAAUAAUCACUUCGCAAUUUCGAGUCUAUUUUGUCCUGUGACAACGAGAGAUACGGCGGCGUUUUGGACCAGCGUGUGGAUUGUGGCGGCAGUGACUGUGACGUUUGCUACCUGUCUGGAGGCGACAUUCACCCACAGUGCGUACUUGGACGCCGCUCACGAGAAGUACUUCUUACAGUGGAGGCACACGGAGGAGAACAUCACCUUCCGGGUAGAAGUGGCGACCCUGGGGUAUGUGGGGUUCGGGAUCUCACCUACAGGAGACAUGACGGGGUCUGACAUCGUCACUGGGUUCGUCACGGAACAGGGAGACACGUUUUUCUACGACCGUUACGCCACGGCCCGAGCCCCGCCCACUGUAGACGCCAGUCAGGACUGGACGUUAGAAGCGUCAGGAGAGAACGGCACGCACACCUUCCUGCAGUUCUCACGGAACCUCGUUCUCUGUGACGACACGGACAGGAGCAUCAAGGCUGGCACGACCCGUGUGAUCUGGGCGUGCCACGAGCAGGACCCCCCGCACGACACGGCGCUGAUGUACCACGGGGAGACCCGGGGAGCACGCAGCCUCAUGCUGCUGGACGGGACCGGACACACGGACAGGGACAUGCCGGCAGACGUGCAGAAAUUGGACUUCAGAAAUGAUUAUGCCAUCCCCGAGAACCGAGUCACAAACUACCUGUACAGGGGCUUCAAGAUCCCGGACUUCGGAGGGAAGAAGCACGUCAUAGCGUUUGAACCAAUAGUCCAGCCCGGACACGAGUCCUUGGUGCACCACAUGUUUCUGUACGCGUGUCUGAAGGACCUGGACCCGGACAUGUAUGACGGCGUGCAGCACCUCCGCCACUACAGAGGGUUUCCCGCCGACUGGAACUCGUGUAGGAUCACUGUUAUAGCCUGGGACGUCGGCGGUACGGGCACCCAUUACCCGGAGAACGUGGGCAUGUCCCUCGGCGGUCCUGGCGACCCGAAAUUCCUUCUCAUGGAGACACACUACAACAACCCACAGCAUAAGAAAGGUAUAAAGGACAACUCUGGUCUCCGGCUACUGUACACCUCAAACCUACGGGAGCACGACUUGGGGUUCAUGCAGCUUGGCAUGGAGGCGAUCGGCUGGACACAGAUCAUCCCUCCUGGGAGUCAGGCCUUCGUCAGCGUCGGAACCUGCUAUCCAGACUGUCUGGAGAAGGCCAUGGAGGAAGCGUCCAUAGACAAGGUCAACGUGAUCGGCGUGCAUUUCCACGCCCACCUGGCGGCCAGAAAGAUGCGGAUACGCCACGUGCGGAACGGAGUGGAACUGCCGUGGCUGGGGAACGACGAGAACUUCGACUUCAACUUUCAACAAACCGUCAGGCUGCAGGAGGAACGACAGAUUUUGAAGGGCGACUACCUAAUUGCUGAGUGCACCUACAACACCACUGACAGAAAGAAGGUUACAUACGGUGGCAUGAGCACACAGGAUGAGAUGUGCCUUGGCCACAUCCUGCACUACCCGCGCCUGACGCUUAGGCGGUGUAAGAGUAACCCACACGAGUCGGCGUACCUGGCAGCGCUCGGGGCGACAGGGGUCACCUUCAGCAAGGCCAAAAACGUCUACGGCAGGAACCUGCGGAAACUACUGCACACCGUCACAUGGACCGAGGAACUCAGGCAGAAACUCCAGGUACGGACCAAAAGAUGGAAAAAUGUCAACAGUCAACAUUCGUGA